CCCUUGUGAGGCGAACUCUGAGAACUUUAACACUGCAGUGCACGCAAAUUAGGCUACUAUUAGUUGGCAGACAACUAGGAGUUAUCUGAAGGCGAACGCAAGCCACUUGCAGAGUUACCUAUCUGCUUUACCUAAUGCCUUAAGUUACCACUAGACUUGCAACAUAAGUGUGUUAAUCUGGGUCCACUCAAAAUAUGCUUCUUUGUGAGGCCGAGCGACACCUUGUUGGGAGUUAGCAUCCUAUCAUUCUCUUACGCCAGAGUAAAACUGCAACUUCAUUUCAUACUGGCUGGGGCCGCGCGCCCCUGGGGCAACGCGCGGCCAGCAGCCCGGAUCCCUUAAAACGGCGGAGGCAGGAUGGUACUUCAAGGCGCUAAUGGAGCUCCUGACGCCCGGGGAGUGUCUAGUUUAGCUGCGCAGGUAGUUGGGUCCUUCUUAGGCCGUAAUGCGGUCGGUUUGGGGCUGCGUGACCCAUGGAGCUAAGCCCCCAUGCAGGCCCAGCCCAGCGUGCUGAGCCUGCCAGCCCGCUGGAAGGCCCCGCAGCCCGCCGGCGCCGGCCUCAACAACCUGGGCAACAGCUGCUUCCUCAACUCCACACUGCAGUGCCUCGCCUACCUGCCUCCUCUAGGCCACCUCUGCCUCUCCCGCGGCCACUCCUCCGCCUGCCCCCGUUCCUCCUCCGCCUCCGGCCCCUGCACCUUCUGCCUGCUAGAGCGGCAGCUCGCCGCGCUGCUGCGCGGCCCCCGCGGCUCCUCGCUUAGCCCCGGUGAGGUGGUCCGGCAGCUGCCGUGCAUCAGCCGCUGCUUCGUGCGGGGGCGGCAGGAGGACAGCCACGAGUUCCUGACGGCGCUGCUGGAGGUGCUGGAGCGGGACGGAAGGAGGGCGGCGGGGGCGCCAAAGGGAACUCGUACCCUGGUGGAGGACCUGUUCCUGGGUCGGUGGCAGUCGCAGGUGCGCUGCCUGGCGUGCGGCCACGAGUCCAACUCCUACGAGAGCUUCACCACACUGCCGCUCGACAUUGGGCAGGCUCGCAGCGUGUCGGAGGGUCUGCGCUGCUUCACGGAGCAGGAGCGGCUGGACGGGGACAACAAGUACCGGUGCGACCGGUGCCGCACGCUGGCUCCCGCGGUGAAGCAAACCACCAUCUGGGACGACCCCAACGUGCUGGUGCUGCACCUCAAGCGCUUCGACGCGGGCAGCCUGCUGGGCAAGAUCAGCCGCCACGUGGCCUUCAGCGAGGUGCUGGACCUGCAGCCCUUCAUGACGCCGCCAGCAGCACGCCGCCGAGCGGAGGAGCAGCAGCAGCGGCAGUUGCAACAGCGGCAGCGAGAGGAACAGCAGCAGCAGCAGCAGGGAGGAGGAGGAGGAGAGCAGCCGGCUGCUGCUGCGGGGCGGCAUAACGGCCAACACCAGCUUGCUGAUGCUGCCGCUGCCAACGGUAACGGCAACGGCCAUGCGCACCACCCCCACCCCCACCCCCGCCAGCAUGAACAUCACCACCACCAUGCGCAUGAGCACUCCCACCAGCACCACCAGCAGCAUCACUACUCCGAUAGUUCCGCAAUGGACACCGAUCCGCCGCAAGCCCCCACUGCCAGCACUCACCACCACCCGCACCCCACCGGCCCCACCACCACCACCACCACCGGCCCCACCACCAGCCCCGGCCCCAGCCUGUACACCCUGACGGGGGUGUUGGUGCACCAGGGCUCCUCCCUGCACAGCGGACACUACUACGCACUGGUACGCGACUCGGAUGACCGCUGGAGCUGCAUGAACGACAGCCGGGUGUACGGCGCCUCCCUGGAGGCGGUACGGCAGGAGCAGGCGUACCUGCUGUUCUACACGCGGCAGAGCAUGAAGCAGCCGCGGCCGGCGCCGCAGUCGGCAGCAACAGUGGCAGAUGCUGCGGCUGCUGAGGUUGCGGCAGGGGGUGCAGGGGAUGAGGUUGUGGGCCCGGCACGGCCGGCGAAGGUGUACGGACCGCCUUUGCCUCCGAACUGGGUUCGGCGGCGUUCGGAUGGGGGCGGGUCGGAGAAGGCAGGGGGAGGGAGCUCCGCUGCUGCUGCUGCUUCCAAGGCCGUACCAGAGAGCUCGCUGCCGCAGCUGCCGCAACCCCUGUCGGCGGCCCAAAUGGGUGCUGCGGCGGGGUCGCGGCAGGUGGGCAGCAUGGGGGGCGCCAGGGUCACUGUCAGCGCCAAGCUGCCCGCCAGACCCGCUGCCGCACCUGCUGCACCUGCUGCCGCACCUGCUGCUGCUGCUGCUGCUGCGGUCCCCAAGACGGAACCCGCACCGCUGCCUGCACACUACCCGCCUUACCGACAUUCCGAGCACGAGCAGCACCAGCAGCAGCGUUCGCAGGUGCGAGGACCUCCCGCUGCCCCUGGGGUCACCGCAGUACCACCACCACCAGCAGCCUCAUCUGCAGCAGCAGCAGGUGAUGCCGCUGCAGGCACCUCCCGCAAACGCAAGCUCGAAGAGCAGACAGCAGCAGCAUCCGCACCCACCCCCGAGCACCCCGCUGCUCCCCCUGCGCCUCCCUCCUCUCCCACCUCCCGCCUGCGUGCCUCCCUGGAGGCGGAGCUCGCCGCCAUCAAGUCGCUCCCCUCCUGGGGCGAGGGCAGCAAGCGGCUGAAGCUGUCGUUGCUGGCCAAGCUGCGGGAGAGCGAGUGGCGCGGGAAGGCGCGGGAAGUGGUGCUGGGCAUGAUGGCUGCGGGCCUGACGCUGCAGCAGACGCUGGGGACCGGGCGGUCGGACAGUCGGCGGCAGGGGCUGCUGCGGGCGGUGCCUGCGGGGGUGCUGCAGCAUGGAAAGGAGGUGUUGGAGGGGAUGUUGAGGGGGCUGCUGCCGCUGCUGCUGGGGCCGGUGUGGCUGCUGUAGAGGGGUGGGGUAGAGAGGGUACGACUAGUGAACGGGGAGGGGGAGAGUGCGAGGGUUGUGUGAUUAGGCAGAUGGGAUUAGGCAGGUGUGGUUGCAGGGAGCGGGGAGGGGUGUAGCGUUUGGUGGCAGCUGCAGUGGCAAGAGUGCAAGAGCUUUUCGUAGCGACAGGGGACACGGGAACGUGAAAACUGUGUGUGUGUUAAGAAUACUGGCCGCGAGCCGGAACGUACUAGAAAUGUGUGUGGGUGACCGAGGACACACACUGCAGGAUGGCUGCACGCGAGUGCUGGUGUGUGUGUGUUUCAGCAUUGCUGUUGUUGGGCGCACGGAUGCUGCACGCAUGGCAGGAACAUGCAUGCGUGCAUGCAUUGCUUGUUGGCUGGAUACUGUCCCGUUGGCCCGCUGGGAAAUGCCGUUGUUCACAGCUGGCUGAGGCAGGGGCAGAGAGGGUGCGCUGCCCAAGCGCUCCCCUUACGCGGUAGCCUUGCUGGGCACUUGUUCAAAUGCAGGUUGCUUGUUGUGGGGGCCAUGCGGUCGUGGGGGGCAUGCGGUCGUGGGGGGCAAGCGGCGACUGAUGGGUCUAUCCAGCGGGCUUUUGUUCGGCUCAUUGGUACAAAGUCACGCUUAUGAAUAAGUGCACGAAAACUCAAUACAUCUCGGUGCGUUACACAGUGCUUGCUUGCAUGGUAUUUGGUUUGGGCUCUCUCUCUGUUGAGAGUAGCUACAGGAUAGCAGAGCCGUCCCUCUUGAUUGGGUGCUGGAAGCUUACCGGGCAUGCAUCGUGUUUGGCGCCAAUGGGCACAUAUUGGCUUGCUGUUGCAAAGCCAUGGACGUGUGUUCUAGGAUGCAUGCGAGCAGGGGACCUGUGCUACUGCACUGAUUGGGACGGAUUGCCCGGACGUUGCACACAGGUAGAGGGGCGCUUGCGAUGUUUGCGGUGCAUUGCAAGAUGAGGUAACUCGGGAAGUGCUGGUUGUUUAGGAUUUUAGGGGCGCACGCUUUUCAUCCUUGCAGGAUGUGUUUGUGAACCCCGUCUUGAGUAUUGAAUUCGGGGGACUGGGCUGCUGCUGCCUCCCCACCCUGUUAAGCACGCUGCAGAGUCGUUAUGGAGGGUUUUCCUCUGUCGGUCGAUGAAGGUGUCAGUGGCUCAUCCGGUAGCCCUCAAGGGCGGUUGGAUGUGCUGUACGACAUUUGCUGCCCUGAGCUGCAGGGUAGCCAUGGACUUUAGGGAAUAUGGCAGCACUAACGCGUGCCGAAGCGAGCGGAAAAGAAUCUUGUAUCCCCCUGAGCUGGA